CCGGCGCUUCUCGCGGCCGGCGGGCGGCGGCAGCGGCUGCGAUCCGCAGGCUCCAGAUCCGUCGCCCCGAGAUCCGCUGCCCCCCACUUACCUCCCGGCACCUCGAAGCGCGAGGGGGCCAGGGGCACUUGGCAAAGCGCAAGAGGGACGUGGCUGCGAGGCGGCGGCGCGUGAGAGAGCGAGAGGAGAAGCGGGGAGAGGAAGGAGCGGCCGGCGGGAGGACUCGGAGCGCGCAGCCGGCGUGGGGAGCGCGCAGCGGCCUCAGAGGAGGAGGAGGAGGAGGAGGAGGAGACGCGGGCAGGCGGCGGCGCCAGAAGCUGGGCAGCGGCGCUCGGCUUGGCGGUGGCGGGCAGCGCGGGGCCACACGGACCGCCGAGAUGGAUUGCUGAACCUGCCUGGGCUCCACUACCGGACUGGACCAGGGAGGAGGGGCGCCAGUGCACCCAGGACGCUGUGCCCCAAGGGGCCCCCCCGCUGCAAGCUGCUAACUCCAAGUCCCUUGCCUCUGCUGGGCCAAACACGCCCCCGCGCCCCUCUCGCAGCUGCCACCGCCGGGGCUCCCAAGCCUCCGGGCGGAGAUCUGCGCCUCCCGGGUGUCCCCACCCGCCAACCCGACAGUGCCUGGUCGCGCGCGGGCCGCCGGGUCCCCAUCAGACUCCGCCCGGCAGUUGGCUUCCUCGAACUUGAUUUCUCACCUCUUCAGUCCCGUCACCUCCAUCCUCUUUCCCCCGGUCUCGCCUCCACCCCCUCAAUUUCCUCCUCCUCGCCCCCCAUUUCCACCCUCCUCCCCCUCCCCCGGCCACUUCGCUAACUUGUGGCUGUUGUGAUGCGUAUUCCCGUAGAUCCGAGCACCAGCCGGCGCUUCAGCCCCCCCUCCAGCAGCCUGCAGCCCGGCAAGAUGAGCGACGUGAGCCCGGUGGUAGCUGCGCAGCAGCAACAGCAGCAGCAGCAGCAACAGCAACAGCAACAGCAACAGCAGCAGCAGCAGCAGCAACAGCAGCAGCAGCAGGAGGCGGCCGCAGCGGCGGCGGCGGCUGCGGCGGCAGCAGCAGCGGCAGCGGCAGUGCCCCGGUUGAGGCCGCCGCACGACAACCGCACCAUGGUGGAGAUCAUCGCCGACCACCCGGCCGAACUGGUCCGCACCGACAGCCCCAACUUCCUGUGCUCCGUGCUGCCCUCGCACUGGCGGUGCAACAAGACCCUGCCCGUGGCCUUCAAGGUGGUAGCCCUCGGAGAGGUACCAGAUGGGACUGUGGUUACUGUCAUGGCGGGGAAUGAUGAGAACUAUUCUGCUGAGCUCCGAAAUGCCUCUGCUGUCAUGAAAAACCAAGUAGCAAGGUUCAACGAUCUGAGAUUCGUGGGCCGGAGUGGACGAGGCAAGAGUUUCACCUUGACCAUAACGGUCUUCACAAACCCUCCCCAAGUGGCCACUUAUCACAGAGCUAUUAAAGUGACAGUGGACGGUCCCCGGGAGCCAAGAAAUCCCAGGCAGGCCCAGUCUUCCCCGCCGUGGUCCUACGACCAGUCCUACCCCUCAUACCUGAGCCAGAUGACGUCCCCAUCCAUCCACUCCACCACGCCGUUGUCUUCCACACGGGGCACUGGGCUACCCGCCAUCACCGACGUGCCCAGGCGCAUUUCAGAUGACGAUACUGCCACCUCUGACUUCUGCCUCUGGCCUUCCUCUCUCAGCAAGAAGAGCCAGGCAGGUGCUUCAGAACUGGGCCCUUUUUCAGACCCCAGGCAGUUCCCAAGCAUUUCAUCCCUCACUGAGAACCGCUUCUCCAACCCACGAAUGCACUACCCAGCCACCUUUACUUACACCCCGCCAGUCACGUCAGGCAUGUCCCUCGGCAUGUCCGCCACCACCCACUACCACACCUACCUGCCACCACCCUACCCCGGCUCUUCCCAAAGCCAGAGUGGACCCUUCCAGACCAGCAGCACUCCAUAUCUCUACUAUGGCACUUCGUCAGCGUCCUAUCAGUUCCCCAUGGUACCGGGAGGGGACCGGUCUCCUUCCAGAAUGCUUCCGCCAUGCACCACCACCUCGAAUGGCAGCACGCUAUUAAAUCCAAAUUUGCCUAACCAGAAUGAUGGUGUUGACGCUGAUGGAAGCCACAGCAGUUCCCCAACUGUUUUGAAUUCUAGUGGCAGAAUGGAUGAAUCUGUUUGGCGACCAUAUUGAAAUUCCUCAGCUGUGGCCCAGCGGCAUCCAGGGGCCACAUCCCACAUGUGUUAAUAUAUACAUAUAUAAAGAGAGUGCAUAUAUAUGUAUAUUGAUUAGCUAUCUAGAAGAUUUCUCAUUCACUCCCUAGUCAUGAUCUUGCAACCCUAAGAGGGUAGAGACAAUCAUAACUGGGUCUCAUUCUGUUUACUAUUUAAGAUGUCCCUUUUACCAAGGAACACAUGGUCAAAGGUGUUGUCUGGUCUGUUUUCAUCAGUAACUUGUUCCUAUGCCAAUUCAGAGAGGUGGACUCCGGGUUCAGGAGGAAGAAGAGCCAAGCCACUUCCUCCCUGUACUCUGAAACCGCACGCUUCGGCUGUGUGGAGGCCAGUGCACUCUGCAGACCAGCUUACAAAGCCAGUGUGGUGCACUCAGGAAGGGACGAGAGGUAGCAUGGAGGCCGCCACCGCCGCCGCGUCCAGUGCUGUCCCUUCUGAUACCUGCCCCCAAGUUUGCCUUCAGACUUGCUGCAGGUACUCGUUUGAACUUUUGAGUUCACUUAUUUUUUUUUCCUACUCUAAGAAAGUGACUUCAGAAAUACUGAUCAGGAUAGAUUAUUUUAUUUUACUUUUUUAUAGUUCCCUCAUGUCCCCCAUUUAACCAAAAAGAAAUCCUCCCAACUACCCUCUCCUCUCCUUCGCCCUCUAUGCAAAACUGAAGAUGGCAAUACCUUAUUAUAGCCAUAAUGAUAUAGUGUUUGAGUUGGCUGUGUGUUAUUUGUUUUUCUUUUUUUUAAAUUAUGAAUAUGUGUAAAAUCUGAGGUAACUUGCUAACGUGAAUGGUCAUAUAACUUUAAAGAUAUAUUUAUAAUUAUUUAAUGACAUUUGGACCUUUGGAACAUUUCUUAGUGUAAUGAUAUGUUGACUUCGGUCUCUAAAAGUGCCUUUUUCUUAAAUAACAAAUUUAUUCAGUGGGCUAGAGCCAUAUCUGAAAUAUUGCUAAGCAAUUUCAAUUCCUUCAGGCACAAUGUGAUUUUUGAAGAUAAUUUCCACCUCCAAAUAUUUUAGUUGUAGUUUGUUUUUGUGAUGUAUGAAGGGAAUGCUAUAUUUCAUUCUUUCAGGUCUUUGCCUCUGACACAGCUUUUUGCCUUUUAAAGCAAUAAUUAGGGAUUAAAAAAACAAAAACAAAACAACCAUGGCCCUGGAGCCCUUUAACACUUCAUGUGGCCCCUUUACCAGCAUGAAAUGCUGGAGACAUGUGGUUUCCUAAUUUCCUUCUCUUUGGGGUGGGGAUGGUGGUGGCAUGGUCAUUAUGGCUCUUGUCAUAUUAAAAAGCUAAGCACAAGUGAAUAACUGCAGAAACGUGUUCUGUGGUCUCAGAGUUAAGCAAAACUGUAAAUCGCAGGCUUCCUAGUUGAGGACCUAGUCAGCUGAAAGCCACAUGUGUGGUAAGGGCUCAAUCACAACAUGUAUAGUGUAGGGAAGCGCAGACACACCAGGACCCUGCACCUACCAGCCUUACCACACAGUCAUUCAGGGGAACCCCAAGUGCCUUACCCAAGGAGGGCCCCCCAGCAGCUUUCCAAGGAGCAGAACAAAGUCACUGUCCUAGGGAAGCUGGUCAGCUGAAUAGCCACCAGUAGCUGAUGUCAGUAGACACAGUCUGAGGGGACCUCCACAAAUCCUUCCAUAUUAUGGGCUCCCACUAGGGAGGGUCCAGAGCAAGGAAGGCCAUGUACCAAUUGGCUUUUGCCAAGGUGUGAAUUUGAGAUCCAGCCCGCCCAGAGGAUGCACUUUUAUUGUUCCAGGCACCUUGCGGCCAAUCCCUGAGUGUGAAUCCUUAAUCCAACCCAGGGACCUUUCAGGGACACCAGGCAAAUUCUUCACAGGUGGUGGGGGUGGGGUGGGGUGGGGGCCACCUUCAUUUCAAUCCUGAGUCAUCCUAAGGAGAGCUCUGCAGACAUUUGUCCCGGGCCUCUAGACCCCCCCCCCCCCCCCCCCCCCCCCCCGCUGCUCUCUGUUCCUUCUCAGGUUGACCUUUGUCCCAAUGUGGGACAGUCUGGGGGCAGGUGGAUCUGUGUGUGCCUCCAGUCUGGGUUUUCCUUAGCAUUCACCCUGACUCCUUCUGGUACAAAUGAGGGGGGGACCUCUCACCAAACCAAAACACUUUGCCUUCUAAAGGUUGUAUACCAAGUAUGUUCAGCUAGAUCAGCCACUUUGUAUGUCUUAAGACGGAAGUCGUAACGGAUGCUAUUUAUUGUUGUGUGUGGUAGCUUGAAGCACACCACUGUCCAUGGGUUUGUUCGAUACCUAUUUCAGCAGCACUUACAAAGGCCAGGGUCUGGUCACACUCUUCAGGUUCCAUUAGUUGACAUGAAAAUGUUAUCAUCGGUGCCAGCGGCACCCAUUUAAUUGUUUAAAAAGGGUACCGUAUUUGUACAGUGUUUUUUAACGUUAAAGGGCUUCUUAAGGUUUACAGUACACAUAGUAAGGGACUGGAGGGGAUGUGUUAGUGCCCAAAUGUUAUCACAGUGGCUGCAGGCAGCAACCCUGAAACACUUUUGAAAACAGGCUGUUUCCCUUCAUCCCCCCUUUGAGAAAAAUUCAAGUAUUUCUCUCCACCUUUCGGCCACCUCACUGGGUGACUCCCGUUACUUAGAACACAUUCUUUUCUUCUGUUUUUUGGACUAGGGUUUAAAAUCCUCUUCCUGUUCCCUUGUCUCUCAAAUGCUCCAUUUGCACUGGGUCACAUGUAUGAUUUGUGGUUUUAAGACCAAAGCAAUGUCUUAUUACUUCUGGAACCAUCUAUGUGUGCUAGCCCCCCCCCCCCGUGUCCCCGCCCCGUCCCCACCCCAGUUCUCGAAGGAGCACAGACAUCCCUGAGAUUCAUGGUGUGAUGACAGACACAGCUAGAUUUUAGAAUAACACUCUCCAGUUGUCUCAGAAAUUUUAACCUAGGCCAGAGUUCAGAACAGGCACCAUGGUUUUCGUUGUAGGUUAGGGAGUGAGAGACCUCACAGAUUAACUACUGUUGGCUCUCUAAACUGUCUGCUCCUCUACCUAGGGACCCUUGGGAAAUAGAGAGAGAAACAUCUCCACACCAUUCCACUGUCCAUUGUAGAUUCAGAAGGGAGGAGCCAUGUUGGGGGUUCCCUCCUCUCCAAGGAAAGGGACUGACUGACCUAGAGAUAGAAAGCAUUAGCAGAAGUAAUUAUAUGCACAGUAUUUGAGAAAAUAAUAGACAAUAAAAGACAAUUCUUCCAAACUUUGAAUUUGUUGUUCUUAAAAAAGAUAAUGCACCUAAAACAAAGAUUUUUUCCUAUGUGAGAACUUUCUUAGUUGUCUGUUUACUUCAUGUUUACAAAUAAUUGUUUGUUUUUUAAUGCCUUACUUUAAAAAUAUACCAGCCAAAACCAUAACUUACAGUAAUUUCUUAGGUAUGCUGAAUAAAAUUCCAUGUCUUUUGAUAUACCUACCAUUCUUAGAUUUCUGUGGAACAACAAAAAAAUUGUAGCAUUUUGUGUAAAUACAGCUUUUGUUUUUAUUUUUUAUUUCUCUGAUUGCUAUUGCCCAAGAUUUGCUUUCCAUACACGUAUUGUACAAAUUCUGCUUUGUGCCACAGGUCAUGAUUGUGGAUGAGUUUACUCUGAACUUCAAAGGGACUAUUUGUAUUGUAUGUUGCAACUGUAAAUUGAAUUAUUUGGCAUUUUUCCCUCAUGAUUGUAAUAUUAAUUUGAAGUUUGAAUUUAAUUUUCAAUAAAAAUGCUUUUUUUUUGUUU